AUGGGGGCUACAAUGCAGUGCCCCCAAUCAGUAGGCAAACGAACGUUCGUCGAGAUGCACCUGCUCCUCAUCCUUCUUUACUGUGUUCCACUGGUUGUGGGCGAUAUUUUGCCACUGCAACCAGAUUUGGAGAACAUUCAGUUGGCCAUUCGGCGGAGUGCCAGUCGCGGAGACAAGCUUCAAGUAUUCCAGAGCAUUUGGGGGGCCAUUCGUUCCGACUUUUCCACCGAUACGGACAAGGUGAAGGGCCUGUAUAGCCAAUUAGGCAUCUUCAUCCGCGAUGAAAUGCAGUGCACCAGUGGGGAAACAGGUCGUUCCGCCUGCGAAUUGCAGCAGGAGGUAAGGCGUCACUUGAGAAGCCUCAUGGCCCAACGCUUGGCCAAUCUUUUAAACGCCGAGGAGAACAUCCAGACGUAUGGCAUGUACAUAGCGGCCAGUGUUGAGCCCGCCUUAGUCAGAGAUAUCCUGGUGCAUGCCAUCGAGGAUGUGUACUUCUAUCGUCCACCGGAUAAGCUGGUCCAGCAGUUGGAGCAAAUUUAUGCGGAUCGUGAUGAAGUUAGCUUCCGGAUGAUGAUCGAGGCGCAAUUAGUGCUCUUCUGGCGAUAUCAGGCCAUGCAGGACAGUAGUGAAGGAUUUCUCUUCAACAUGGCGCAUAUGGUCAGCAAAAUAAGGACCCAUCACAUGUACGCCAGCGUGGAUUCAGGUCUGCAAAGGCGAUUGGAGGUGCUUUUGAAGAGUUUGCCGCCUGUCCUGAGUUUGCUCUUUCAUCCGCAAGGCUUCUGUUUGCUGAGUCGUUCCGAUCGUGAGUACAUAUAUACCACGAUAACUGAUGAGUGGAACUAUGGGCUCAAUGGCAGACAAGUAUUCACUUGGCACGAGCAGAACUACACUGACUCCGCUGGACUAAUACGAGCCUUUGUUCAGGAACAACACUCCUCUCCUGUCUUUACAUUGCGCGGCGAGCUCUUUAAGUGGUACUUAUUUGUGGAUCCCACUGAGGGAAAUCGAUUGGGAGCCCUGAGAUCCGGAAGUCCCAGUUCCUCGUCAAGUUUCUGGACAAUUGCCUAUGUAGAAGAUGCUCUCAUCUUCCGGCAGCGCGAUCUCACACUGUGUGCCGCCGAAAAGUACGACAACGACCGCAGGCUGGUAAAGAUGCUGCCUGGUCAAAUGCACACACCUCCAUCCGAGGCUUGUCAGUGGUUGCCGAUCGAUUGUGUUCCUCCAAAAUGAGCGAGAUGGAUGUCGUGCAAACAUAUACAUUUAUAAUUUUCAGACAAGAUUUCUACCUUUACCCUUUAAAGUCAAGUUUAACUGAAAUAAAUUCAGGUGAGCAUGUA